GAGGAGCUGAAUUGGCGCCUUUUCCCCGCCCCGCGCGGAACCCAGGAAGCCGCUUCAGCGCGCGGGAAAGGAAGGGAAGCCAGGAUGAGUGAGCCGGCCGGCAUGGAGACGGAGCGGAUAGUGGUCGAGGAGGAGAAAGAAGCGGCGGCGUUGAUCCAGCAGCGGGAGCAGGUGGGUUUUUCUGCUGUCUGCCUGCCCUACCUUACAGGGAGGCGGGGAGGGAAGUGAGGUGGCGGGAGGCUCCGCAGGCGCGGCGGGCUUAAAAGAGGCAGCGGCCACUUUUAAAAUGGAAGCCCCACCUCAGUCGCCCUAAUAAUGAAAGCGCUGCUCCUCGUGAGGCUCCUGUGGCGAAGGCGGCUUCCUUGCCAUUCGUAGUAGGCGGCUCCCAAUGGACAUGCUAGAACUAACACUCUUAAAAUUGGCCAUGUCUGCAUUCAUUUCAGCGGGUCGCCUCUGAGUUGCACCCAGCUUCGCUGAGAUUAGACCCACUGGGCCCAAAUUAAUCGGUUCAUCAGUUGCAGUAGGUUUACUCUUGAGCAACGGUGCAUAGGCUGGGAUCCAAGGCCUGUUCCUGUUUCAGUAGCUGCGGGGGUCCCUGCCAGGUCCAGCCUCCUAGGGCCGCCUCAUCAGCAUGAAGGUGAAGCUUUUUAGCCACUGCACGCUCCAAAAUUAAGCACUGAAGGACACUGGAAAGGCAUGGGGCGCUUUUUGGGUUCAAGAGAAUGGGGAGAAAAUUAUGUUCCAAACCCUGGAACUUCACAGGAGUUAAGUCACUCCUGAAGAAGAUAUUGGAGCACUCCAAAUAAUUUGUUCCUGGUAGUGCAAUUAUGGAGUUCUGCGCUAGUUGCUGCAGUGCACCCCUAAUCACUAUUAUUGUGUAAGUAAUAAGGUUAUUGUAUAAUCUUAGAAAGUUGUAUAAUCUUGGGAGGGGUGUGGCUGUGACUAUCACGAGGGAACCCAUACUUCAAAAUUUUCCACUAUGCUGCACUUAAGUAGCACAAGUAUUGGAUUAUUAUUGCUUCUUACCUGCUCUUCAUUGUGAGGGUCCUGGGUGGGUUACAAGAAUCUGAAAAUAAGGUAUUCAAAACAAAGCAGGUUGCAACCAAUAGAAAAGUCCUAAAACACAUGCAUAUCUCAAGUGUUGGGGGUGGGUGUGGGUAAAGAGGUCGGUGUUCACUUGGGGCUCACUGGCAGGGACAGUACCAAGUUUUGCUGCGACAGCCUUCCUAGUUGAUGUGAUAAUCAUAGAAUCAGAGUUGGAAGGGUCCCUGAGGAUCAUCAAGUCCAAACCCCCUGCAAUGCAGAAAUAUGCAGCUGUCCCUUAUGGGGAUCAAACCCACAACUUUGGCAUUAUCAGCACCACACUAACCAACUGAGCUGUGGGCUUUCACACCCUCUUUCCAGGGCACCAGUGGGGAGUUCUGCAGGUUUUGCAUUUGAGCCCAGCCACAAACUUUGGCCUCAGAGUGCUGGCUUGGGAUGACAAACUAGUGAGAGGGCCCAGGAUGGACACAGGCAGCCAUCCACCCACAUGGAUGGAUCCCAGAGCUAGUAAAUUAACAAAAUGUAUAUGCUGCUUGAGCAUAAUAAAAUCUUUUUGGUGGUUUACAACGUAAGGUUGCACCUUGUUGCAAGGGUCCCUAUGGGUGUACUGUUUAAAGAAGACCAUGCAGAUGGACCUGUGGUACAAUGUGUGGUCUUCCCCAGCCAGUGGUUCUCCAAAUGUUUUGGACUGAAACUUCCAUCAGCCCAGCCAGAAUGUGCUCUCUGAGUGAGAUUGACUGGAGUUGUAGUCCAAAACAUCUGGAGGGUGCCAACUGUGUGUGUUCCUGCUCCCCAGUGUUAAAUGUUUGUUCUCUGUGAGCUCUUAAUGCAGACAUAGGCAAACUCUGGCCCUCCAGAUGUUUGUAGUGAAAAUACAAAAUUAGGGGAUUAUUAGCUAACUCUUUAUACUGCAUGUUUUUUCGAAGCAACACCCCAAGUGUUCGACGGUGAUUACAUCUUACAUGCAUUUCAGGUCAGCGUUCAUUUCCCCACUUGCAGCUGAGCAUAAGUACCAACUCCUAGAGGCUGAGGUUACCCCCUGAUAGAAUAUUUGAGAGGGCUGCCUCCCAAAAAAGUUGAGGAAGAUUGCCAUUCAAAUGGGGGGGCAUGUGCUGCAUCAUGUGAUCAGUUAUGUGGGGUGGGGCUCCUCCCCCCCCCCCCAGUAUUUUAUUCAAGUUGGUACUCCUGCAGCUGAGAACACUGUUUCAGAAUUUUAGAAGGCAGAAUACAUUUUUUUAAAAAAUGUGCUUUGGAAUGGGGUGCAUCACUAGUGAUAUGACGAUCUGGAGUAGAAAACAAUACUCAAAUAACAGACAAACUUAAAACAUUUCUGCUAAUGGAUUUCACGUAACUCCCAGUACAAGUUCAUUGGGAAUGUGUUGCAAUAAUAAAACAAUAGAUAAGGAAUAGAUAACUGUUUUUUUUAUUUCUUACACAUCUUCAGGAGACAACACCCACUGAAAAUCCGACCACAUGUCUCCCCAGAAGCCCUGUGAAGAGUAAGACUUUGACAAAACAAAUCAAAAUUCUUCUCACGCCUGUGUCAGCCACAUGUGGAGAACACAACAAGCAUUUGCCUCAGAAACGUUUGUUAGAGCAAUUUUCCAGCUGUGAGGAGCCUUUCGGUAAAGAACCCAAAGCCAAGAAAAUUUGUAGCGAUUAUUCAAGUCCAGAAACGAGGGCUAUAUCUCAUGGAGUAAGCGAGGUAGUCUUCAACACGGAUUCUCACAGAUGUGGUUCAGUCGUAGAGGCUGUCAGCAGUGAUUUGGAGACCGAUGGGGAUUCUGAGAGUGACAGAAAUGAUGUAAGUGUCUCUUAAUUUGGUGAGGAAAAUAACUGCUUAUAUACCGUGCUUAGAAUUACAUGUAAGAUAUGGCUUAAAACUUCAACUCCUGUGAAUAUUUUGAAACAUAAUUGCUUGCUUGCUUGCUUUUUGUUGCAGGAGGAAGUUUCAACACAACUAUCGGCUUAUGAGAGGAAAAGACUGAAGAACAUAACAGAAAAUGCCAAAUUUUUUGCUUCCCUGAAGCUGUUUGAGGUUUGUUGGAAUGUCUUCUGGAUUAGAACAACAAGUUCUAAUACUUGGGGUGCAGCCUUGGAAAUACCAACCUAGAAGUAAGGCCCAUUAAAUUCAAUGGGUCUUACUUCGGAAUAGGAUUAUGCUGUCGAUCUUGUUCUUCAUCAUGGCUUUAGCCAUAUUUUUAAGUGGUAUAAUUUACUUGAGAAUCAGUGUUUGAAACUCCUUUUGUUCUAGGCGUAUUUUGCAACAGGGAAUUCCAUUAGUGCAAGCAUUUUCUGAGCUUUGGGUGUAGUACUGCGCCUAAGAUUUCAGAUUAAAACUGCAGAGUAGAAGGAAAGGAGGACCUUUUUCUGCCUCCCCACUUCCAGCUACUCUGAAGACUGGAGAAGAGACCCUCUUAAGAAUAUUAGGGGGUGGGCAGGGGAAGGACUAGGUCAUGUGAAAAACUUAUUUUAGCUGCAGUUCACUGAUUUUCAGCUUUGUAUUCUUGUUAUAAAAAAGCGCACCUAGACAUUCUGUUGUUGUGCCCAUAACCUAGGUUGAAGGUGGCAUUUAGCUCCUAGCUGUCAUAUCUCAGUUUCUAACACUGUUGAGAAUCCAUUUUCAGCAGUGGUUCCAUAGUUAAUAGUUAAUACAGCAAACAUCAGGGCCUUCCAAACAUUUCCAGUAAGUCAUAAAGCAGAAUGGGUGGCAUUCAGUUAAGUUUUGCCAAAUUUUGCCAUUCAAACUGAAGUGAAUGGACCUACCUUAGUUAUGUUCAUUAAUUUUAGUGUGUCUACUCUGAGAUAAACUUAGUUGAGUACCAUGCAAUAAAACAGUAACAACAGUUGACAUCAGUAAAGGUUAUCGCUAAAGCCAAGCGCAACAGAAAUAAAAAUACCUCAGAGGUUAAAAGCCUAGGGAAAUAAAAAGAUAAAUGUGGGAUAUGAAUGUAGUAAAUUGAAGCAGAAACAAUAAUUUUGAAAUUUUAUGAAGUGGAUAAAUCUUACAUUAUAUGCAUCUGAUCUUACUCUCUCACUCUUAAGUCGGCAGCAAGUCUUCGUAAUAUGACAGCCAGAGUGCAGUCUCCAAAAAUACAAAGGUAAAACUACAUACCCAUUCAUUAUGGUUAAAUAUUUUGGCAAUUUUUUCCCCUUUCCCUCUUUAUGUCGUGACAUUACCUGAAUCUACUUAACUAAUUAAUACUGAGAGCUGAACUCCUGCUGGUUGGCUAUUGGGAAUUCUUACCUGCUGUAUUAUACAGUGGUACCUUGGGUUAAGUACUUAAGUCAUUCUGGAGGUCCGUUCUUAACCUGAAACUGUUCUUGACCUGAAGCACCACUUUAGCUAAUGGGGCCUCCUGCCGCCGCUGCACGAUUUCUGUUCUCAUCCUGAAGCAAAGUUCUUAACCUGAGGUACUAUUUCUGGGUUAGCGGAGUCUGUAACCUGAAGCGUAUGUAACCCGAGGUACCACUGUAUGUGAAAAAGAAAAGAUCAUUUUAAAAGUAGUACAGUGGUACCUUGGUUUAAGAACAGCCCUGUUUAAGAACUAUUUGGUUUACGAACUCCGCAAAACCGGAAAUAGUGUCUAAGUCUAAGAAUGGAAUCCAAACAGUGGAAGGGCACUGGCAGGGGGGGCCUCACUAAGGAAAGCACACCUCGGUUUAAGAAUGGUUUCGGUUUAAGAAUGGACUUCCAGAACGGAUUAAGUUCAUAAAUCGAGGUAUCACUGUAUUUGGGUUAAUAAUGUCAUGGCUGUGACAGUAGGAGAAUAUGCAGUUGCUCCGUCACCUCCUCCUCUGCCUUGUUUUAGCAUGUGGGACUCCAGUUUUACUCUUGGCAAGUGAGAGGGGGAGAAGUGGAGUAGCAACAUAAUGUUUGCUAUUUUGGAGCAUUGACAGCUUCGUUGCAUUUUUGCUGUUUCAUUUCUAAAGUACUCUGGGAGUUUCAUUGCAAACCGAAUGGUAAGCUAUGGGUUAUAUUAAAUGUACAGAGGGACAAGCAAGGUCUCCAGGUUGUAAUUUUGCAAUCAUUGUGAUGUCUGACGGAGGCAGUUAGAAAAAUACGAUGGAGGGAGAUGGAAAGCAGUAACAGAAAAUGCAGAAUAAUCUAAAGGAAGAAAUAAGGCUAAAUCUUAGCGGCAUGAAUGAGGAACACUUGAAACCCUGCAAGGAUUUAAUGGAGAAAUUAUGUUGUCUCCGUAGAAUUAAACAUUCCAAGGCAAAAACUGAGACAACUUGUCGAAGAUCGAUGCGCUUGCAAAAAGUGGAUCCACUGAGCAUUCCCUUGCCAGAAGCACAAGCACAUCCAGAACCUUCAGUUGACGAAUAUGUAAGUUGACAAAUACAACUUGUACUGGGUGCCGAGCGGAGGGGAGAGCCAGUGUGGUGUAGUGGUUAAGAACGGUGGACUCAUAAUCUGGUGAACCAGGUUCGAUUCCCCGCUCCUCCACAUGCAGCUGCUGGGUGACCUUGGGCUAGUCACAGUUCUCUCUGAAGUCUCUCAGCCUCACUCACCUCACGGAGUGUUUGUUGUGGGGGAGGAAAGGAAAGGAGAAUGUUAGCCGCUUUGAGACUCCUUAGGGUAGUGAUAAAGCGGGAUAUCAAAUCCAAACUCUUCUUCUUCUUCUUCUCUCACUGAAAUACCCAGACUUGACUUUGCAAGAGUAUUUUGUUCAUUCAUUUCCAUAAAAAAAUCAUGCUCAAAGCAGCUUACAACAAAGCAAUAGGGCUGCAUUUCAAACAAACACUACAAAAAAAUUCAGAAUAACAUAACGAAACAAUAACAUAGCAAUGAUUUCAUAAUAUAGCAACAAUUUUAUUAUGGCAUAGCAAAGCAAUAGCAAAUAUAAUAGAAAUAAACAAGAUCCCUUAAACAACAUGCAGCUUCCAGUGUGGCAAAAAUGGCAGGGAAGCUUCACAAUUUCACCUAAGUUCUAGAAACACCCCUCCCAUGAUUUUGCUGACAGUCCUCCUGCAGCCACUUGCAAGGCAUUUUACUCUGAAACGUGAGGGGUUGCUGAGAGGCCUUUUCUGCUGGCUAACACUAGUUUGGUCUGAGCAUCCUUGGUUCCUCACGGAUCAAGUGUAUAGUUGCUUCAAACAAGUCUUAAGAACUUGGCUUUGCGAAAAUAAUUUGGGUUGGUGAAUAAAGUGGAAAGAUUGAUUGGGAUGUGGGAGAAUAAAUUUUUAUUCAUUAUUUAACAAAAUUUGUAUACUGCUUAACUAAAAAAAGCCCAUGUGGUUUACAAAAAAACAUAAAAUAUUAACAUUAUCAAUAAAAGUCAAAGUUUAAAAUAAAUGAAAAUACAAUUUUAAAAAUUGAAAAUACAAUUAUUAAUUUUUAAUUAAGUGGCUCUCUUUGUUAUUUUCUGUGGGGUGCACUGAUGCGCAAGUUGUAAAGCAAGCCAGUGAUGUUUUGUGCCAUUUCCUCUCUUGAAAGCCUCGUUUGCCACCUGGACCGCUUCAGAUGAUACCCAUAGAUCAAGAGGAAGGAAAUGAUGCAACUGAAGGUUUUCUGAAUAUGUGGGCAAAAAUAAGUCAGGUAUCAUUGUUUUGACAUGUAGCGAGCCUAAAUACUUAAAAAAAAAAAAAUAAUUCAAUAUCUGCAUGGUAAAUUCUUUCUGUUUUCCAACCAAUUUUACAGGUAAAUCCUAAGGUGAUUGAGACGCCUACAUGUAACUUGGAAAGGUAAUUUAAAAACCAGUUUUAACUCCUCUUCCCCCCCCCCCCCGGUAUUUGCUUGGUUUUUGUGGAUGUUAACAUGCUAAUGAUUUUGUCCCAGUUACCAAGCUCGUCUGCGUAAAAUGGUCCUCCGAGAAGAUUCUGUAGCAAAAGUGGUCCGAAACCGGAUUCACUCCGUGGCUAUCCAUCCAUCUGAAAGCAGAACUUUAGUAGCAGCUGGAGACAAGUGGGGACAGAUCGGUCUCUGGGAUUUGGUAAAUAGCUUGUGCUCUAUUGUCUUUGCUAUCUAUUACUGUUUAUAUCAUAGAACCAUAGAGUUGGAAGGGACCCCGAGGGUCAUCUAGUUCAACCCCCAGCAAUGCAGGAAUCUCACCCAAUGCAUCCAGGACAGAUGACCAUCCAACUUCUGCUUUAAAAGCUCCAAUGAAGGAGCGGUCACCACAUUAAAGCGUAUUCUGCUGGGUCAGGCCAAAGGGUGCCCUUCUAGUCUGGCAUCCUAUUCUCAGAGUGGCUAAUCAGAUUCCCCAAUGGGAAGCCCACAUGUAGGACUUGAAUGUAAUAGCAGCGCACUCCUCGCUUGUGAUUCCCAGCAGCUGGUAUUCAGCAACAGUCUGCCUUCAGCACUGGAGGUAAUACAUUGCCAUGGUAGUUAGUAGCCAUUGAUAGUUUUGUCCCUUGCAAACUUUUCUGGCUCUGUCUUCUGAGAAGGAACUGACCCUUCUGAAUGAGAAGGGAACCACACUGUAAGUUCUAUUUCCAAUUUUGAAAAGAGAAAUUAUGAGAAAUGUACUAAUGCUGUGUCUGUUUGUACUUCUUAGGACAGUGGAUUGGAAGAUGGAGUACACACCUUUGUUCCCCAUAGCCAGGCAGUUAGCUGUAUGUAUUUUUCUCUGUCUAAUCCUGCUCAUCUUUUGUCUGUGAGCCACGACGGCACGUUACGACGUGGAGAUGUAACCAGAGCGGUCUUUGAUGAGGUGAGUGUUGGUUGCAACGUUGCAUCUAUUGCAAGGUCUCAGUAAAGAUUAUUUAUUCAUUUAUUUGAUUCCUAAUUCACCCUUCACUGUAAGUUCCCAGGGUGAGAUACAACCAUUAAUGGAAAAUAGAGUCAUAAAAACAGAUAAAAUAAUUAAAAUUAUAAAAUAAGUAAAACCAUUCCAAAUGGAACAGAACAGUAUAUUGCUGUAAUGACUUCUGCUAAAUAGUAAAACUUCCAUUUUAACUGAAAGAAUGGAAGGAAAUGUCAUAAAUUAUGUGUUCAAACAUUAGCAGAAAUGCAACAAAAUCGCAAUAUUCCCUUUUUAAGAAUGAGAUCCUUUUGUAUGUAUAAUGCAAAAUCAGAUAUGGUAUUCCUCCAUCCUUCUAUCUUAAGCAGCUCCUCCAAGAUGGAUGGAAAAGAGCAGCUCUCUCUUGCACGCGCUCUCUCUCUUCUGUUCACUUCUGUCUCAUUAAGGACCAUACCAUAGUAUUACAGCACAUGCUUUACAAGUAUAAAGCCUGAGCUUCAAUCCUUGGCACAUCUAGAAGAAAAGGGGUGGCCAUGGUUGGAGGGGGCGGUAAUCAAAUAGCAGGUGAUAGGAAUGACCUCAGCCUGAGACCCCAGAGAGCUACUGCCAGUCAGAAUAGACAGAACUGGGUUAAGUGGACAUACAGUUCCACAUAGUACAAGGCAGCGUCCUGUUGUUUUUAUCCAUUGCUACAGGCAGAAUUCAGUUUCUUAGGCGGGGAUGGAAAAGUCAGGAUUUUUAACUCUGUACAUUUGGAAAUCUUGUCUGUCUGCAAGCGUGCUUGUAGUAAUUGGCAAAGAGGAUUGAGGAAACCAUGGUGUGGCAGCCAGAGAAUCAUCCUAUAUUGUAGGGUAUCCUACAGCUAUUGUGAUAUAUCAGCAUAAAAUUGGUAAUUUAAAAAAGGUUUAGACUCCACCUAAAAGUAAACCUCUUUCUCAUUCUCAGGUGUACAGAAAUGAAGAGGACAACCUUUCUUCAUUUGAUUUUUUGGCUGCAGAUGCCUCUACUCUGAUAGUGGGAAUGUGGGAUGGAGAAGUAGCUGUAGUUGAUCAGAGAACGCCAGGAGCUUCCGCUGAGCUUUCUGCAGAACUUAAUUCGAAGACGACAAGGACCAUCCAUACCAACCCACUCAGCAGACAUUAUUUCGUAGCUGCUGGAGCAGGGUAGGUACAAGCUGUGAUACGUGAUUGCUUGUUGCAGUACAUUAGGAAUUUGGAGCCCAGAAAUCAAAGAGAUGUGAUGCUAGUAAGUGAAUAGAGGCCUCCUCUUGGGACCGGAGUCACAAUAGAUUCUUCCCAAGCCUAAGACCUCUGGACAUUCUCUAAAUUUAGGGGAGGGGGGACUCUGAAGAGAUUACAGUGGUACCUCGGGUUACAUACGCUUCAGGUUACAGACUCUGCUAACCCAGAAAUAGUGCUUCAGGUUAAGAACUUUGCUUCAGGAUGAGAACAGAAAUCGUGCUCCGGCGGCAUGGCAGCAGCAGGAGGCCCCAUUAGCUAAAGUGGUGCUUCAGGUUAAGAACAGUUUCAGGUUCAGAAUGGACCUCCGGAACAAAUUAAGUACUUAACCUGAGGUACCACUGUAUAGUGUUGUUAUACAAAACUCCUGGUCACAGCCAUUGACUAAAAUCUUAGGUAGUUUUGCUUUCCUGUGCCCUUUAAAAUUCAUUUCCACCCCAAAAGAAGUGUCCCAAAUGAUAGCAUUACAUACAUUGUUUCCCUGUUUUUAAUUUACAGAGAAAACAGAUCUGUUAUAAAAGAUUGCAUAAAGUUACAGAUUUUAUGUGGGGCACAGAGAGAACUUCACGUGCUCCAAGAUGAUGAAUGCUUUUCAGAGAUUACAGAAAGAGUAAGCCUUUCUGUAAGAGCAUGCUUAUUUUUAUCUCCACAUUCUUCAGUGGAAGGGGAUAUCCUGGUGAGGACACUCCCCCACCCCCCAAGGAAUGCGGAGCCAUUAGACUCUCUGUCCCCUCCUUUGGAGAAUUCAGUUUUUGGAGGAAGAGAGGAGCUCAUUUAACACACUCAGCGUGUUUCCCAAUCUCAGUCUUGGCAGAGGGAGAAAAAUAUGGGAAGGCCCUAGGACGCCGUGGUCACAGUGGAGCCUAAAUGGCCAUGGAAAUUAGGAGUUACAUGAGAGGAGGUGAUGUCAGAGAGCUCUACCCACCAUGCUAUCUAGCAUCACAAUCUCUCGAGGAACUCCUUGUGACCUCACAGAACCCUAGGGUCCCAUGGAACCCUGGUUGAGAAAAGCUGCAGCAGACAGUUGAGAGUAGUAGCUUUUCUCCCUCCCUUACUUCAAAACUUUUUAAAAAGUUUUGACACUUCCUUUUGCUUUCCCUGUGUUUUCAUUUCCCGUGGACGGCUAAUUGCAAUGAGAGAAAGAAAGAGGAGAAAAGCGACUGUUGCCAAAGAAGGGCAGUGCACCCACCCACACUGCACACUUGGGGACCAGUGAAUCCACCAGCCAGGACUGGUACUCAUCCCACCUCCACACCCUGAAGCAAAGAGGGGGCAGCACCUUGGAUUGCUGUGGAUCUUGAUCCAGCAGACUCCUAGUCUUGAGAACAUAGCAUAGGCAGAAACAGUGCUCCCCUUUGAGCCAGAAAGUGGGCACCGAUUCAGAGAUGUGGUGCUCAUGGGUUCUGCGGAACCUUAGACGUGAGGUCUCCUCUGAGCUCUAGCAUGGCAUCUGGUAACUCAUCCACAAUGGGAGGAGGAAGUGAGUGUAUAUUCUGAGCAGCUCCCGUUAACCACCUAUCUCUCUCAUAGGAGGAAACUUGUUUCAGAAUUCGUACCAGUGUAUUAAGAUACUUUUAUAUGUUUAUGAUAUCAAGAACAUAAAAUCAAACAGAUCUGCAAUUUAUAGGCCAAAAGGGAAACAGGGGCACACACUGGGAGAUCCCAUGAUUUUUUUCCUUCCCCAAAUAAUUAUUGUCUCAGUUGUAAGCAAACAGUGGAAUCGUCCUCAAAUUCUGUUAACCCCCCCCCAUAUUGAUACAGUGGUUUCUUAUUUUCUUAAGUGCAGUUUGUCCCAAUAUUUUGUUUGACACCUGCAGGGUUCUAUGUUUUCAAUGUCCUUUUUUCCUUGAUGUUUGAGGAGCUCUCGCCACCACAAGAGACAGGAAGUCUAAUAGAUUAGCUAUGCCUGGAUAGUCCAUUGGGAGGAGAUGUCCCAUUCAGGACAUCCUCCUAGCCACUGAAGAAGAGACACCCAGGAUGAAAGUCUUAACGUUUCCAUUUAUGCCGCAGGGAUGUUGAUAUUUAUGAUGUUCGGCACCUGAAGGCGAGUGGCAGCAAGCCCGUGGUCUCUCUUGCCGGGCACACCAAGAGUGUUGCUUCUGCUUAUUUUUCACCUGUGACUGGCAACAGGGUGCUGACUACUUGUGCUGAUGAUACACUGAGGUAUGAGUGGGAAGGGAGCUGGCUUUUGUAUUAACAAUUUCCUCCUGUGAAAGUCCUUUUUCAGAUAACUGAAUUUACUGCCCUGAGACUUGGCUGUGGCCCGUGGCUUAUAUGGCAUCAGUAGUGGAAUUGAGCAAGUUAAUAGGACUGUUGAAACAUAGGGCUGCUGUAGAUCCUACCAUGUUCAGAGGCAGGGUGGGAGAGGUUUGGAACUCAUGCCUCUUGCUGACCAUUGUUGGAAACAAAUGUAGGAGAUUCUGUAAGAGAUGUGUAUGGCUGAGUUACGGCAAUUAAAUAUUUUGCAUUGAGGUGUGUGGGCCCUUGCUUAUGACCUUUUAAAAAAUCUACCUCAAAAUACUUGCUUGUAUUUAGAAAUACAUACCAUAUUUUCACUUGAUGAGCAGUAGGGAGACCCCUUGCAAUAUAAUUGUUUACAUAGUCUAAACCAGAGGGUAGGGAGCUAAAUGUGGCCCUCAGGAUUGUCCUGAGGCAACACACCUUCCUUGAGCGUUUUUGCCUGACUGGACUGUGUCCUUGAACUCUUUGAUAAUGUUUCCGGUUGAUCCUCAUGCUGGAUUUGAAUAAGUAAGUAAGUAGUUUUUUGGGGGGCUAAAUCAAAUAUUUAGGGUGUGUUUUUUUUAAGCCCCCAAUUUUUGUCUCUUGCAGGAUCUUUGAAACCACAUGUAUAUCAUCUUCAGUCCCUGUUCUCACAACUAUCAGGUGAGUUAGAAUAGGAGGAUUUACUCUGGUGCCAAGAUUCAAGUUUGGUGGAGGGGAUUAUGAGAUCACAGACUCCACAGUGAGCGAAACACAAUAUUUGACUGUAGCAAAGUGGUUUUUUCCAUUAGAGAGCAUGCACAUCAGAUUUAAGAACGCUGGUUUUCUAGAUCAGCCCUCCCCACCUAGUGCCCUCCAGAUGUUUUGGACUACAACUCCCCAUCAGCCUUAACAUCAUUCAUUUGGGCUGGCUAGAGCUGCUGGCAUGUUGCUGUCCAGAGCAACUGGAAGGCAGUGAUGUAGAUGCAUCUUAACUAUUUCUCUCCCCCCCCCAUCCCCUUUCUGAAUAGGCAUAAUAACUACACGGGACGGUGGCUCACAAGGUUCAGAGCUAUUUGGGACCCAAAGAGGGAUGACUGCUUUGUGGUGGGGAGUAUGUCUCGACCAAGGCAAAUUGAAGCCUUUCAUGCGACAGGAGGUUUGGUGCAUUCCUUCCUCAGCGAAGACUACCUUGGCUCUGUUUGUUCCAUCAAUGCCUGGCACCCUACCAGGUACAUUCUUGCAGGUGGUAACUCUAGUGGCCGCCUCCAUGUUUUCAAAGAGUGAAAAAAGUUUGAACCUUCAGGUAACAAAGAGUAUGAGUUGCAUUUUGGUUGUGUUAGGACUUUGUCCCUGGAGAAAGACAAAUAUAUUCAAUUUCAAAACUUUCUAAGUGAUAUAGAUUACCAAUAACAGAAAUAAAUAAGGCUAGCCUUGUUACUCAAAUGCAGUGACUUGUUGCAGGUUUCUGCAAGGUUGUUUCACAUAAACUGUUAAAUGGUUUCAAUAUAUUUAAGUUCAUUCAUAGUGGCUUAACAAUCUACAGAGCAGGCUGUGUACUAGAUCAUGUUUAAUUCAGAGGUCAAUUGCUAACAAUUAUUCUGAGAUCAAAAGGGUGUUUUGGUGUGCAUCAAGAGUGGUGAGAAGGCACAGGCUUUCUCUUAACACCCACUAACUUGAACAUAAGCAGCAUGUUAAUAAUGCUUAUGCAUUAUUGCAAGAUGGAAAAUGCAAUUAUGUCUGUUGUGUAGUAACACCAGAUGGCACCUUACACCAGGGAAGCAUUCAUAGUAAAUGAAUCAGUGUUAGACCAGCUCAUCAUGUUCAACUUUUUUAAAUUACGCACAAUAAAUGCUUUGGAAUCUCUGUAGCAUCAUGUGGUGGUUGUACCAAAAUCAUAUGGAUGAUCUGGCGGUAAAAGUAUAUCCAAUUUAAGUUGGUUAAGCAUUCAAGUUCUGAAAACAUUAAGGACAGAGAGGUUGAAAGAAAUUUUCCACAGUAGCAGAUAGCAUUUCAGGAAUUGUCUAAGCAGACAUGUCACAUGAGGUGAAAGAUCAAUUUACUCAACAGAGAACAUUUUCAUCAUAAUUAAAUAUUUAUUUAAAUUUAAAAAUACUUCUAUAUGGCACCAAUGAUUUAUGCUAACUACAUGUUGAAUAUGUAGAAAAAGGUACAUUAUUUUGAAGGGAAAAUGUAACACAGCAUUUGGCACAUGAAAGGUUAACGUCUAUAUUGUUAUGAAAACUAAAAUUCACAUUUUCAGGUAACUUACUUUCUACUGCUUUUAAAUAUGCAGUACGCUAGUCCUUGUUAAGAGUUUGUUUCCUCUGAUACAGCAACCUAUGGAAACCACCACAGUUUAUACAAAUGAGACCAGGAACAACUUAGUAGUAAGUGAAACAUGAAACGUAACAUGGGGCAAAACAGGAAAAAUGACUUUUUUUCAGUUGCCAGCUGGAAAGUUUUCAGGAUAAAACAUUUGGCAAAAACGAGACACAAUCCAUUAGGAAGAGGUUCUGCAGUGCAAGCCCCAGAGAAAUGAAAGUGCACGGGAGACCUUAACUCUAGGAUUGUGGCCAGAAUUUUUAAAAAAGUAAAAUAACUAUCUAAAGCCACCAUCAGUAUUCAUAAGUUGUCCACUUUGAAAAUGAAAAUGUCCAUUGUACAAAAUAGUUACAGAUAACAGGACAAGUGUGUGGCAUGAUCAACAAUACCAACAAUUAAAACAUGAAAUAAAUACUGCAUCGUUAUCUGGGAUGGAGAAUGUUAAAAUUAAGACUUUUCACUCACUGCAUAGAAGCAUCGUUUACUACAGACUGAGGUAGGAACACUACACUAGAAGUUAAUUUUGUUGCUGUGUUGCAUAAAACAGUGUGUAUCCUUGUAAAAUCUAUCCCUUGUAUCUUCUUGGCAGGCAUUCAAAAGUUUUUUUUAAUGUACCUGUAUAAGCAAAAGUGAAAGCCAAAAUCUCUCUUGGCUCUUGUGACUUCCAAGCUGGCAGUUGCAGUUAAUGGUCAGUAAUCAAACAGAUCCUUGUAGCACUUCCACGAUGUGUUCAAAUAACAGGGAAUCCUUUUCUAGUGUACCGUACACCCACACCCACACCCCAGUCUGCGUCCAGUAACCUUUGCCAAUAUUUAGUGUAUUGCUAAUAGUGUCAUUGUGCUCUUUUUUUUCCAAAUGAUGAAUGACCAGCUGUGGGCAGAGUGUAACUGAACUUGGAAAGGAAAUCGGUGCUUGAGAUUCCCACGCCUAUCCACGCACCCUCCCAUUGGGCAAGUCCUGGCAGUGCUUCAGUUCUGCAUGAACUUGAAGGGCUUGUGUGCCUGCUGAAAAUUGUAGUAGCCAAGUCAGAGACAAGAUAAAUGAAACCAGCCUCUUGAAAUAUUUCUGAUUUAGAUUCCCAAGUGACUUGAAAUCUCUCCCUGAGAUGAAAUAAAACACUUGCCAGUCUGAUUUCAUUCUCUUGCUCUGCUCAUCUUGGUGAAUACUCUCACCAUGUUUAAAAUUUAUUGCUCCUUUUACAAAUGAGCUGCUAUUUGUCAGGCUUUUAGAUUAGACUAUCCACAUCACAAGACAAAAAGUAGGAAAAAAAUUUCUGAAUUGCCUUCAGGAUGGAAACGUGUGGGUCAGAUUGUUCUAUGUGUUUUCAUUCCAGUGCUACCUCCCCCACGUCCUUAAGUUCUCCAUCGUUUUAAUGGCACAAGGUAACCCAUUUUCCUUCCUCCAGAAGUUAUGAAUGGGUUAGCUUGAUGCUCAAAUACCAUCCUAAAAACAGCCAUAAUAUUUUGUUUACCACCAAUCACUUUGAAUACCACACUAUAUUCACCUAAUUCAUAAAGUAAAAAAGACUUGGUUUGCUCGUUAACAAAAUAGCAUUUUGUUCUUAAAAUAUAUAGGUUGAAACAAGUUUGUUCUUUUGUAGUACAAAAACAAGUACAGCUUUCUGAGGCAAAAUGUCUUUCAAAGAAAUUGGAUAUGAUCACUACUACUUAAUACAGCAAGACUCGGUCAAGUAUAAUCAAAUACAUAUAUUUAUUUCCCCCAUAUACUAACUCUUGCUUUAUAUGGGGACGUUACUGCUCUAAGAAAAACUGCAUUUCUGGGAUCCUAAAGGUCAGAAGUUGAAAUUCACAAAGGACAGGUUUCUCCUAGUCACACUUUUCAACGCUAGGGGGAAGAAUUAGAUUUACACCUCGUUGCUGCCUCCUUGUCUCGUGCCUUACCUAUUGCUUAUAAAGAAUUGAGUGUGUUUGGGUGACCAUAUGGUGUCAGAACCUUAAUCCCCCCUGCCCCCACCUUCAAAAUUCCAGAUUAAGCCAGAAGUUUUAUUGAUAAAAUAGCAAGACUAUGUUUAAGGUGGUAGUGCUGUACACAGUGGCAGUUUUAACAAAAUAAUAAAAUACUAAAGUUACAACUCAGUAGCACCAUUACAAAAGCUCCUGCAUAAAAUGACGCUGCCUUCUUGAACUAGUGUCCUAGCUGGAGGCUGGCACUUAAUGCAAUAAUCAAUAGUAAUAAAAUAAACUCUCUUUACUUGAAAUUUUUGAAAUGGCCACCUCUAGGAAAGCUUAAAAUUAAACUUGGAAGAGUGCAGAAUAAUUUAAAAGUUGGAAAGCAAACCAGUUGAAGACACUUCCAGGAAGAGGACGUGUAAAGAAAUGGGCAUUGUUUGAAUCUGGCGCAUGUGAGAAAGUCUUAUCCCUUUCUUCUGCUUGGAAACAACUCUCCUAGGCCGCUGUUUACUUUGAUUCAUGAAAGGAGGACUUAUUUUAUGUGCCGAUGGUGCCACGAUGUGUCCCAUUUUUCUGGGAAUGGGUAGCAGGGAUCUUCUGCAAUCCACCUGGCUAGUUACUAGGAGGAG